AUGGACGAUUUUUCUCAAACUGCGUUCGCUUUGUUUCCGAUGUCUCUUUUGGGAUUUUUCACCAAUUGGUUUGUUUUCCAAAGUUUGCUCAGAUUAAGAAGUUUUCGACACUCUUUUGGCUACCUAUCCGUAAGUCAAUCGCUGGCAGAUGCAAUUCACUCUACCGCAUUUUUAUUCUUUUUCUGUCCAAUGAUAUUACUAAAUCAGCCUCUUCUUCAACGAAACGCAAACCACCUGAGUAUCAUUAUCCUAAGAUGUUAUGAAUUAUCCCUGUACACUCAUUUAGCAAUAUCUAUCAAUCGAGUUUGCGCUGUAUGGAUUCCAAGGGAUUAUUCAAAAGUUUUUAAUACCAGAAACACAAUUGUUAUAAUUGUAAUUAUUUGGGUGAUUUUUGUAAGCCUAAAUUUCUGGUUUUAUGAAUACCUCUGCGAAAUAAUUUACGAUCCAUCAUCAUAUUCUUUAACUUUUGGCCAAACUGAAACUUGUGGAUAUGUAGGCUUAUAUGGUGAUCUAUUGAAAAACUUGAUUAGUCUAUUCCUAUUAGUUAUCUUCGAUGUAGUAACCCUAAUUGGAGUUCGAAAAACGAGAGCAUCCAUUGGAAUUGGAAGUAAUGCACAGGAGAAAAUUUCGAACAGGGAAAAGCGAUUUUUAAAGCAGAUCAUUGUCCAAAGCAUAAUUUUUGUAUUGGAGUUGUCGUCUUAUUUUUUCAUACCACAAUUGACAAACGAUCCCACUGUUUUCUUCUUUUCAACCACGUUUGCAUAUUGCACAGUUCAUGUGUUGGAUGGACUCAUUCCACACUUGGCUCCGGAACCCCCAAAGCUCGAAAACAAAAUGAUUUCUAUGGAUUUUGAAUUCAGCCGAACGGUUUUUCUGAUUUUGCCGACAGUCACCAUUGGGUUUAUAGUUAAUUGGGCCGUUUUUUAUAGCUUCCUAAAAUUGAAGUCAAUGAAACAUUCUUUUGGCUACUUAUCAGCAAAUCAAGCGUUAGCUGAUGCGAUUCUUUGUACAACUAAUUUAUUUUACUCUUGUCCAAUGAUUCUUAUAGAUUCACGAAUCAUGAAAGAUUUUUCUCACAUUCAUGGUUUUUUGAGUUUACACAGUUACGAGUUAUCCGUAGUUUCCCAUUUCAUCAUUUCCUGUAAUCGUUUUUGUGCUGUAUGGAUGCCCUUGAAGUAUUCUUCCGUUUUUAGUGUAAAGCAUACUUGCUGGAUGAUCUGUACCAUUUGGAUUCUACUUGGCUCAAGCAAUGGAUUCUUGUUUGUGUACGUGUGUCAAAUCAAAUACGACGACAAACGUCGCGCAAUUGCGUUCACUGCGACUGAGCUAUGUGGUAAUGUGGCAUGGUAUGGAGAUUUUUUGAAGAAUAGCAUCGUGGUUUGUAUUUUUAUAAUAAUCGAUAUUGUUACUGUAAUUAAAGUUCGAAAAGUUCGGCUUUUCGCUGCUGGUAACAGAAACAAAAAUAACGAAUCAAUUUCGGAACGAGAGAAAAGAUUCUUGAAACAAACCAUCUCUCAAGGAACAAUUUUCAUGGUGGAGUUGAUAACUUGGUUUUCAAUUGCCAAAAUCACAAGUAACCAAGUUAUUAUUUUUCUUCUGAGCGGCUAUGCUUUUAUCGCAGUUCAUGUUUUGGAUGGGUAG